GUCGGUCAAACGAAGGGCUGCCCAUAUGGUCGAUUUCCCUCUUGAAAUAAUACCCUAUUAUCCUGUCCACCGCCGUCUCCAUCGUCAGUUACUAUUUGUGUAUUCAUUGGACAAUGAAGUAGGGUGGAUCAUAUACGAAAGACCUUGUCUGGCACCAAAAUAAAGUUAGCUUUCCCCGAGAUCCCCCGCUUUUAGCCUUAGGCACCCCAUUUGGAGGAGGUUGCUGUCCUUCACGAAUUUCGAAACUCCCAGGUCGGAAAUCAAUCUCCGACUCUUGCACGUUGCUACAUAUCACAAGGGGUUUGGUCCUGGUGAUCCUUCUCAAAGUGAGGACUCGUCCACGACGAUACGUCUCGAGACAUUGCCAUGGAGUCGACUCCCCGGAAGCUCCGGAAGCGAAAUGGCCCACAGGGCAUUCAGAAAUCCAACGCCAGUCAUGAUCGUCGGACCGGGACAAUAGCCUGUCAAUCCUGUCAUAUCCGUAAGAGACGAUGUGUUUAUACUGCGCAACAUCACCAGUGCUUGAAUUGUCUCCAGGAAGACCAUUCAUGCCUACCCAGGGGGCAUGUAAUGCGGGCCAUCGAAGAGGAAUAUGAAGAGAGAGCUCCCGAAGAUUCCCAUCAAACGUUCAAUCUGCCCUUACCGCGUGGUAUCGACCACGAAGUACCUCGCUGGGCAGCUGUCUAUUCCAUGUUUCAAGAGGUCCUGCAUUUUCUUCCACCUGAGGAUAACAUAUCCGAUCAACAUGAGGAUAUAAAUGUACCCGAAAGCGACGAAAGCCAUCUGAAUAUGAGAGCCCCUGAAAGGGUCGCUGCUCAGCUAUCAUCCAACUCCACAAUAAACGCACAAGGAGACACAAAGCACCCGGCCUCUGCACUCGAAAGCGAACCCGAGCUACCCAUACAUACAUUAUCACCUCCAUGUCCUGGUAGCGAUUCGGCUAUAAAUGAAGGCUUUGGGCUAAUGUAUUACUCAAAUAGUGGGGAGGGCCUGGAUCUAGACGAUAUCGAUGCCCUGCUGAGUUUUUGAUGGACGUCCUGUGUGUCGGGUUUUCUUUAUCCCAUGUCGGCCACUUCCAAGAGGAUUUAGCGGUAUAGAAUGUCCAUUUAGCCUGUCGGAAAUUGAAAUAUCGAAGGGGUCAUGUGCAGGGGAAAAUUCAUCAAUGAUUGAUAUAUUGAUUAUGAAAAUGGUUGCUGGGGCGGACAAAUUCGAUGUACCAAAUGGGUUCUGACUGUAGAGGGUCAGACAGUCAGCAUCGAUCCAAGUCGUCUAUCUAAAAUCGCUACUAUAUUAUUGGAUAU